ACCUAAUUAAUUUCCCUUCUCUCUCUCUCUCUCUCUCUCUCUCUCUCUCUCUCUCUCUCUCUCAGAGACACAUACACGCACGAUACAACACUGAACACUGUUAUCGUGCGAGUUCUGCCACCAUUCCCCCUCCGUCCGGUCACGUCCGGCCGCCAUCCACUUUCCCUGCGGCUUCCGACCACGCCUACGCCAUCACAGAAUGGGAAGCAUAGAAGACAAAUCAAUUUCUGAAUUAGAGAAACAAAUUUUCCACAAAUUCAGAGAUUUCAUGACAGGGAUUACAAAAUUUGAUGAAUUGGGAACCGCAGGAAGCAAGCUGUUGUAUGGCUUUCAACAAGCAUUAGAGUUUAUUCGGAAGCCUUCUAUAAAUACGAAUUCUAAAUUAAUCAACAAUAUCAUUAAAGCUAAUGAAACAGAAAGACUUAAGUCCUAUGUCAACUUUGAAUGUAAGAAUCGCAAAGAUGUUGUCCAGAAUGCAACCAGUUUGGGCUCAUGUAAACAAGGACUUCUUCACCAAAUCAGAGAUGCAAAGGUAGUACUUGAUGAACUUGAAGAUAUACUGGUUAAUGUAACAAAUGUUACACAAAGUAUACAUGGAAAAUUAUCAGCCCUUUCAGAUCAGGACAAUGUUAAAUUAAAUGAGCAAGGAAUAUAUAAUGAUUUGGAGGAAAAUACUGAUAUAUGUCACUCUGGAAGAACUGAUGUCACAACUACAAAAUUUAAGGAAAAUGCUGAUUACACAAGUUUAGCUCCUCUGAUGGCUAUUGUAUACAGUAUGGUCAAGCAAGACUAUUUGAUGCAGGAACGAAUUGUUUCUGCUUUAGAUCUGAACGUGUUAUCGGAAGAACUGGAAAGCUACUGCCAAAUGUGGUCUUUACAUCCCUUCAUAAAUGAUGAAAUCAUGCAACAGGCUUGGAAAUAUAUUCACUGAACAGUCUUUUGUUUGUAUUGGACAGAAUCAGUUACCAUCAGGCUAGAUUAAGUUAGUAUUACUCAUAAAGAAUUCUAUUUACAGAAUGGCCCUAAGAGUUAUGAUAUUCAUUGCAUGUAUGAUACUAAAUGUAAUUGGAAUAACAAUACUUGAAUUUGAGUA